GUGCAGUGUGCCCGCCAUAAUCGGGGGGGAGGGGGGGGUUGAAGGGUUGCAGUGGAAGUUGUGAACGACCCGAGAAAGGGGUAAGAGCGGCGAGAGGAGUGCGUGGUACCACCGGUGGACCGGCUGCACAUCUCAGCGAGCAAUUAUCUUGUUCUUGGCUGCUGCUAAUAUCGGCCCCGGACAGAAAUGUCGAGAAGACGGCACAGUGACGAUAAUGACGGGCAACCUCACAAACGGAGAAGGACAUCUGAACCAAUUGAAAUUGAAGAUCGGUUGGAAUCUUUGAUAUGUCGUGUAGGAGAAAAGAGCACAUCUUCGUUGGAGAGCAACUUGGAAGGUCUAGCCGGAGUUUUAGAAGCUGACCUGCCAAACUAUAAAAGUAAAAUCCUAAGAAUACUUUGUGCAGUAGCACGACAGCUUCCUGAAAAGUUAACUGUGUACACAACACUGGUGGGGCUAUUAAAUGCAAGGAACUACAACUUUGGUGGAGAAUUUGUUGAAGCUAUGGUUAGACAACUCAAGGAAACUUUGAAAACUAAUUUAUACAACGAGGCAGUUUUUGCUGUACGCUUCCUGUCUGAUCUUGUGAACUGCCAUGUGAUUGCAGCUCCUUCAAUGGUGGCAAUGUUUGAAAACUUUGUCAGCGUAACGCAGGAGGAAGAUGUACCGCAGGUACGCUGUGACUGGUAUGUGUAUGCAGUACUCUCUUCUCUGCCCUGGGUUGGAAAGGAGCUGUAUGAGAAAAAGGAUGUAGAGAUGGAUCGAAUCCUGUUACAGAUCGAAAGUUUUCUGAAGAGACGCCAAAAGCAUCACGUACCAAUGUUACAGUGCUGGACUGCUGAACAACCUCAUCCACAGGAGGAGUACUUGGAUUGCCUUUGGGCGCAAAUUCAGAAAAUGAAGAAAGAUCGUUGGCAGGAGAAACACAUCUUGAGGCCGUAUUUGGCUUUUGACAGCGUACUCUGUGAGGCUUUGCAACAUAACUUGCCACCUUUCACUCCACCUCCUCACACAAAAGACUCCGUCUACCCUAUGCCACGAGUCAUUUUCAGAAUGUUUGACUACACAGAUGCCCCUGAGGGCCCAGUAAUGCCUGGUAGCCACUCUGUUGAGAGAUUUGUAAUUGAGGAGAAUCUGCACUGCAUCGUCAAAUCUCAUUGGAGGGAAAGAAAAACAUGUGCUGCACAGCUGCUUAGUUAUCCUGGAAAAAACAAGAUUCCUCUGAAUUACCAUAUAGUUGAGGUUGUCUUCGGAGAGCUUUUCCAGUUGCCCUCACCCCCUCACAUUGAAGUCAUGUAUACAACACUGUUGAUUGAACUCUGCAAGCUGCAGCCUGGCUCUUUACCGCAAGUGCUUGCACAAGCUACAGAGAUGCUAUAUAUGCGGAUCGAUACUAUGAAUACAAUUUGCAUAGACAGAUUCAUCAAUUGGUUUUCUCAUCAUUUGAGUAACUUUCAGUUCAGAUGGAGCUGGGAUGAUUGGUCUGAUUGUUUGGCUUUGGACCCUGACCAAGCCAAACCAAAGUUUUUGCGUGAAGUGUUGGAAAAAUGCAUGAGGCUUUCCUAUUAUCAAAGGAUAGUGGAUAUUGUACCUGAGAACUUUGCAGCUUUGUUACCAGCAAAUCCACUGUGUAUUUACAAGUACGGUGAUGAGAGCAACAGUUCUCUGCCUGGUUAUGCUGUGGCUGUCAGUGUCUGCAGUGCUAUUAAAAGCAAAGCAAGCAAUGAUGAGAUCUUGAGCAUACUAAAAGACCUACCAAAUCCUAAUCAAGAGGAUGAUGAUGAUGAUGAAGGAUUCAGCUUUAAUCCUCUGAAGAUUGAAGUUUUCGUGCAGACUUUACUUCACUUGGCUGCCAAAUCCUUCAGCCAUUCCUUCAGUGCUUUGGCAAAGUUUCAUGAAAUUUUUAAGACUUUGGCUGAAGGUGAUGAGGGCAAGCUGCAUGUACUAAGAGUCAUGUUUGAUGUUUGGAAGUGUCAUCCUCAGAUGAUGGCCAUGUUGGUUGAUAAAAUGAUCAGAACACAGAUUGUAGACUGUGCAGCAGUAGCAAACUGGAUCUUCUCUUCAGAAAUGGCACACGAUUUCACUAGGUUGUAUGUCUGGGAGAUUCUUCACUCCACCAUCCGAAAGAUGAACAAACAUGUGCAAAAGGUCCAAAAGGAGCUUGAAGAGACGAAAGACAAACUGGAUAAACAGCACAAAAGACGAGACAGUGAUGAUGACUAUGAUCAGAACAGUGAUGAAGAUGAAGAUGGUCCUUUGGAAGAACAGAUUGAACGUCUUCAGGAGAAGGUUGAAUCUGCUCAAAGUGAGCAGAAAAACCUCUUCUUAGUAAUUUUCCAGCGUUUUAUAAUGAUCCUGACAGAACAUCUUGCAAGGUGUGAAACUGGUGGGAUUGAUUUUAAUACACCUUGGUAUAAGAACUGCAUUGGACGUUUACAGCAAAUUUUCCUCCAGCAUCACCAAAUCAUUCAACAGUACAUGGUCACUCUGGAGAAUCUGCUGUUCACAGCUGAGCUGGACCACCAUAUACUAGCCGUCUAUCAGCAGUUCUGUGCUCUUCAGUAGUCACGAUUGUGUGCUGCAGCUGUAUUUUCCAAACCCACCAUUUUUUGGCACUUCUCUCAGUCUUUCAUCAGUGAAUACAAGCAACACCCUUGUACCGAUAAUACCUUUUCUGAAGCUUUUUGCCCAGUUAUCUGUGAAAACCAUGGAGCAUGAAGAAAGUUGCCAUUCACAUUAGAAAGGAUUCCUCUCCUCAAAACAAACAAAUAGACUUUAAUAGUUAGAGACUGUAGAGGCUCAAGAGAUGAACAUACAUGUUUUGAUUUAAGUCUUUGAAAUUGACCUAAGUUUUAAAUUUGCUUUGUACUUCAUCUGGUUUGGUUUUGGAUACAGUGUAACACUGCAUCUUGCUAAUUAAUACCUGCUCUAUCCUUAUGAUCUACCUUCCAGUUUGUACAUUUAAGUUGCAUGUUGUAACUUGUCUGAAAUUGUGUUCCUUGAUAGUAGACCAAAGUUUUGAAUUUAGACGUUGUAUUGUGUUCUUUUGGUUCUAGUAACAGCAAAUAGGUAACUCUACUGAUAUCAAUGGGACUGAAAUUUAUUUGGGAUACUGUCCUUUUUUUAAAAAAAAAAAUGAGAGGGUAUAUUGUUUUAAAAUUUUAUGCACCCAUCCAAGUCACACAUAGAGUGGGAAAUGGAGAGAUGAAGCUACCACAUGGUUGAAAAAACUAAUGAAUAUUUUUUAUAAAUCUAAUGAAAAUGACUGAAGGCCGAUAACAAUGUUGUAAUUUAUUGGGUCCAGUCACUGUUAAGCCAUCUGGUUGUACUACAGAAGGUCAAGACCCCUUUUGACUGACCAAUGAGGCUGGUACUUCAACAAUCACCAGUUGGUCAUGUCUCAUCAAAAGGCUGUGGCUUGAAUCUGUAGCAGCAAUGAGUCUGAGGUGAAAAUGGUGCUGUGUACAAAAGCAGAGUAUCUGUGCCUGAGUUAUGUCCUUUAUACAAAUUGACAUUGCAAUAUGGGACUGGUUUCAUGAUCAACUGACCCCUAAUGCUAUGUUGUCUUUUUAUUCUUCAAAAUUCAUGUGCCGCUACGAAUUCCUACAAAAUGUUAAUGUGACUUAUUGAAGUGAAGGUGGAGCUUAUGUUUUAAGUCAUGAAGCUAUGAGCAAAUUGUAUUAGCAAAGCAGAAACAACAAAUGGGUAAACCUCUGGGGACUAUAAAUUUAAUUUUAUUGAAUUCAUAUAUUCUUCCCAAACUGCAUUUUCUUCUUUUAAAACACCAGAUUGUAUAUAAAACAGGAUACCAUCCCUCGGGUACAGAUUUUUUUUAAAACCCUGACAUCUAUCUAAUUCAGUAUUGAGAGAUCUGGCAAUAUCUGUAUUCAGAGACAUUUAGUUUAGUAAAGUUUGAAUACUGCCAAGUAAAAUAUGACUUUGCAAUUUUGAUUAAAUUUUUGAAUAUUUUACAGAAUCUGAAGCUUACCCUGUCCUCUUCUUGGGUCCUAACACCUGAAUUAAUUAACUUUUGUCAGGAUCCAUUCUGCUUUUGUUGCUGCUCUUGUACAAGACACAUAUCAACCUACUUUAUAUUGCUUCCAGUACCUUGAAUUGCAUAUCAUCUGUGAAAUGAUGGACCACUUUCCAUUCCAUUGCUAACCCCAUUAAACAGUGUUGUAAGGAAUUAAUAUGAAGUCCUGUUUCUGCAUAGUUCUGAUGGGAUGAAUCAACGGAGAAUAAUCCAAUGAAUAUUAAAGAUAUGUCUUGCACAGAUCUAAUUUCUACAAUGCUACAUUCCCAACAGCUCUGACAGAUAUGCGACUUUUACCUUUUUUGCUGUUCCAGUUUCACAGUCUGCAUUGGUUUCCAGUUAAAAUUGGUGGUGAUUUGGAGGUUGUCGAUAUGAUCACUGCAAAUAUUGCCCAACUUAUUGAACUGGUGUACCCAUCAACUUUUGACAGUAUAGAAACUGAGAGUCAGAAGAAGACCGCCUUUUUUAACUUUCAGUGGCAGUCCUGAGAUUCUUCUUUUCUUAAUCAUUUUUCAUUUUGUUUGUCUCUGACCCAGUGCAUCGAUAUUCUUAUACAUUUCCUGUCUUUUACUGCUGACUGUAUUUGCCAAAACCAUUUUUCUCAACUGUAUAUCUUGCCUUACAACAUGUUUCAAGUUAUUCUGCAUGCAUUUCACCAUUCUUCUCAUGAAUUAGCUCCUGAUAGUCAAUAUCUCCUUAAUCAUCUGUCUUCUAACCACUGUUCUUAUUGCAAUCUACUUUACACCAACUUUAGUUAACCUGUUGCUCUACCUUGAACUAGUUUGGAACAAGAUUUUGGAACAGGCUACCACAAAAAGCGGUCAAAGUGAAAAGUGUGGAUGCAUUUAAAGUGAAAGUAGGUGCGCAUUGAGGGAGAAACGGAUAGAAAGCCGUAACGGUGCGUUUUGAUGAGAAAAGAUGGGAGGCUGAAGUGGAGAAUAAAUACUAAUUGAGUGGUUGGUCUGAAUAGCCUGUUGCUGUGCUCUACAUGCUAUGUAAACCUACAUGGGAGAAAGAAAAAUUGGUGAGAGAGAAAGAAAAUUUUGGAAAUUGUGCCAUUUUACUAAUGGCACAGUAAAUACUUAAAGAAGCAGCAAACUACUCCAAUGAUACAAAUUAUUCUACCUCAGACAUUAUACUGCAUUAUUGCACAAUUUUGAUUUCAAACCUGCACUUGAAUAUUUGGAAAGUUGUUUGGACGUUGUGAUGCAGCAGAGCAAAUUGUUAAUUCUCAGUAUAGUACAUCAGAUUUAUCUGAGCUGAGCCAUGUUAUGGCUCAUUAAACUCAAAUAUCACUAGCAUAAAGCCAUGAGAUUGCAAAAAGCUUUACAUCUGGGACACUUAAUGCUGAUAUCAAAUGUAUCUUGAUCUGUGACCCCCAUGUGUAGCUUUGUACCGAUUUCAUCUCAAAGUCAUUCUUUCACUCUAAAGAUUGUUUUAGACCUU